AUGGCGGUAUUAGGCCGCGGGGAAUUUGGCUGGCGCGACCCGGAGAGCUAUCCCCCGAUCUUGUCGCGGGUGAUCAAGGUGGCGCGGUUUAUGAUCGUCCAGCAGGCGCUGUGGCUGGAUCCCAACGCGGUCCAGAUCAUCGAGACCUGGCAGCAGCCGCAGAACAGCGAUAACAAGAAGCCGGAGCCAGUAGAAUUGGGAUUAGAAUCAGAAUUGGGAUUGGGAUCGGGAUCGAUAUCAUCCCCUAUAUUCCCUAUACACAGUUAG